UCUAAGUUAACUCGUUCAGUCUCAUCUAUUCUGAGGACAAGUGAAAACCUUUUUGGAAUAUCGUAAAGGAAAUUUGGAAUUCAAUUUCAAUAUGAGCAUAGAUAGCAAAACCAUUCUUUUCGGUUAUUUCGAUGAGGAAUUUCAUCUCAGAGGGAUUGAAACUCCCAGAGAAAAGUAUGUAUUCAUCCGAUCCCUCAUGAAAGAUGGUUGCGUAAAUUUAUCUGGAAGAAAAUUGAGUAAAAUUCCUUUUGAAUUUGUUAAUUUUAUUCCACAUAAAAUAACUGGUUUAAUAUUGGACAGAAAUCAAUUUAAGGAUUUCUCCUUUUUGGAGCAUUUUCCGCAAUUGAAAAUGUUGACUUUAAACAAGAAUGACAAUCUUGAGUUUGAAACUUUGCCCAAAAUGGACCAUUUGACGAUGUUAAGUAUGAACGGGUGUCACAUUCAGAAUCUUUACAAGGAGCUUAAGCGUAUCAAGAAACGAUGUCCUAAGCUAGAAUAUCUUUCUGUCCGGUCGAGUUUCUUCGAAGAUGGUACUGUUCCUGCUGCCGAAGCCACUCACCGAAGGCGAACGAUUCUGAUCAUCUUUCCAAAUUUGAAAGUCCUGGACAACAUAGAAGUUACAAAAUGGGAAAGGCAAAAUGUAAAAGAGUAUCUGAGGGCAAUGAGAAGGAAAGGUCUUUGCUGCAUGUUGUAAUGCAUUCAAGGAUUUUAUGGAGGCGGGAAAUAUGAAGCUUUCCUAUUACCAGCAAUUUCCAAAUCUAAAAUUAUAGUAUGUAGUAUAA